CUGCAAUGUUUGUGGGUUAGAUGAGAAACAAGCGCUGAGUGAAACAGAGAAGGGGGGCGGCUGGUGUGAUUUGUUUGGUGUUCAGAGCCAAUAGAAAUCCCAGACUGUGAUAAUAUCCCCAUGCAGCGCCGAGAGGAGUCAGAGCUAAGUCUCCGGGCUCCUUUCACAUCUGCAGGCGCAGCCAGCCAGGGACCGAGCGGCGCGGGGCGCGCUCUCGCCUUUUCUGCACGCUCAGCCGGCGCGCGUCUCUUAUGGGCAUCGGCUGGAGUCCGGCUGCGAUCGAACUGCAAGCGGCAGCGGGAGAUCAAACUUAGAUCCCGCUGUGGACUGUAUAACUCAGAGAAAGGAGAGGGAGAGGCAAAGGGAGAAAGGACCCGAGGAGGAGGCUUCUAUCACGUCAUUGCAGGAUGUUCUGGAAGCUUUCCCUGUCCUUGUGCCUGGUGGCGGUGCUGGUGAAGGUGGCGGAAGCCCGGAAGAACCGGCCGGCGGGCGCCAUCCCCUCGCCUUACAAGGACGGCAGCAGCAACAACUCGGAGAGAUGGCAGCACCAGAUCAAGGAGGUGCUGGCCUCCAGCCAGGAGGCCCUGGUGGUCACCGAGCGCAAGUACCUCAAGAGUGACUGGUGCAAGACGCAGCCGCUGCGGCAGCUGCGGCAGACCGUGAGCGAGGAGGGCUGCCGCAGCCGCACCAUCCUCAACCGCUUCUGCUACGGCCAGUGCAACUCCUUCUACAUCCCGCGGCACGUGAAGAAGGAGGAGGAGUCCUUCCAGUCCUGCGCCUUCUGCAAGCCCCAGCGCGUCACUUCCGUCCUCGUGGAGCUCGAAUGCCCCGGGCUGGACCCACCCUUCCGACUCAAAAAAAUCCAGAAGGUGAAGCAGUGCAGGUGCAUGUCGGUGAACCUGAGUGAUUCAGACAAGCAGUGAGGGUCCGGGGCAGGACGCAGCUCAGCACUGCACGCCCCGGCCGCUGGGUCGCGCCGCUGCCGCCUCUGUCCCUGUCCUCCGAGCUCACUCACACGCUGCCUGGUGUCCCCCCUCCGCAGCAAGCCCGUCUCUUGGGGCUGACAGUGUCUUUGAUACAAACGUGGACCACGAGUGGAGCUUUGCUGACGUGCUCCUGACCGACCGGGGCCCCAUCUGUGCCCCCCAAACCAGGUGUGGAUCGGGACCGAAGGAAGGUGCUGGAAAACUACUACCCACCACUCAGCAGUCGGAGAGGACCUUUCAGGUGAUGCACUGUAAAUCCGGCACUGAUGUUUCCACCGUGUGGAAGAGAGUAUUUCCCUGGCCUCACCCACACUCCGGCUUGCCUCCUUUCAGAGUGAAGUGAAGGAUGCGUCCGUCUUUCCAGCAACCCUUCCAGCUCCUGCUGUCCCUGGACUCUGGCAGGGAGCGUCCGUUCUUGUGACUGAACCGUUGUCCUCGGCCACUGCUGUGAUGUGGAUGUGGCCAAUGUUCAAGAAGAUGUUCACGGAGGGAGGUCUCCUAACAAACCUGACACCAAGGAGACAACUCGAGCCACUUAGAACCUGAAGUGGGCUUCCCUGGGGACCUCGCUUCAGUUCCAGCCACCGCCACCUCUUCCCCUUCACUCCCCCCAGCCCCGUUUGAGGACUAAAAAAGAACUUUGGUGUGCGUGCUAUUAUCGCGGCAGUUAGAAUAUUAUCACACACAAGGCCUCUAUAUUAACGUUGGUUUUGUAAUGACCUAUAUUGUAAGCAGCAGUUAAAAAGUAUUAUAGAUCUAUCCAUGUAUUGUUUCACGUGUUCUGACCCUGGCCUUGCAACGCCGUGCUGAGUAAGGAGGGAAGGCAGAUAACAACCUGCCUAAAAGGUGUGGUGCUCGGAAAUAAUGCUGGGUCAGCAGUUCACUGUCAUGCACCUAUUUUAGAGCCGGCAGGGGAUGGGAGGAGUCCUGAUUUUACAUUGAAUGGUAUUUCACUGAAGGUACUGAAUCAUCGCAGCACAAAGUACAAUAGAAAUGGCAUUAAGCGGGUGGGUGUAGGGAGGGGAAAUUCAGGGGACAUUGUUAACCAGAAACUCAAAAAGCCUGUGAUGUUUAAUAUGCAUGUAUGGAGUGGGACGAUAUGCUAUUUUCACUGCCGUAACACUAAGCAAAAAUUAUUUCCUGUUAAAAGAAAGAUAUUUAAAAUAUAAGGAGUUGGGUCACUUGGCGAUGGAGGAGGUAAUGGAUAAAAUGUAUCAACUCGUCAUCUAGUUCACUUACCCGGCAGAAAACAACUGGCUGCUUUUUCAAAGAGUGGACUUGAAAAAGGAUGAGCAAGCACAUUAGGUCACCUUUCAUGUUGGUCAGCAAUUGCUGAGCUUCAUGUUGUGGUCUCUUACUAUAGAAGUUGGCAUAAUUUAUUCUCCUGAAAAAAUUACACGUACAUUGGAUUCUUUGACUAAAUUGCUCCAAAAAGUCUUCCCUGUGAGUCGUGUUUAUAGAAUUAGACAAGUGUGAGUGAGAUGCUGUAGGUGGGAAUCAGCCUACUUCGAAAACCUUUCCCCGGUAAUCUCUGAGCACAUGCUCCUGGUAAGGGUUCGGUUCCCUAGCAUGUGCGAAAGACUCUGCAAGGUGUUCUGGGGAAUGAGGCUUUCCGACACCAGUGACCGUGAGUCUAGACCUACCUAGAGAGCGAGGAGUGUAGUGUGUGUGUCGGGCAGACUGCUUCCUGCCGCUGCACUGCAAAUGUCAUUGCUGUCAUCCUGUAACACCGUGAGAUCCGAACAGAGUCCUGCCGUAAAGGGGGUCUCGGCUUCAGAAACGGGUAUACACAUUCAAAGAAAGAAAAAGGAAUUCUUGAGUGUUGUAACUCAAGGAUGGAGUUAGCUGUAACUAGGGAUGGAGCAAAAAUGUGGAGAGGGUGUCCAGAACUGAUCAUUGCAUUUAGCAGAAAAACCUCAAGUCAGACUCCGUGGCAGAACACGCAGCAGAAGCUCUGUGAAGGAAGUCCACGUGAUUGCAGUGGAGGCUAAAGGAAGGGAAUAGGAGGUGAGUGGAGGAGUCUCCGACUCAAUGGCAAAGCCAUCCCCUAUCAUUUUAUGAACAGAACCCAGUCAGCGAGGGGCAGGACUAAGCUAAGAACUCACACAGUACAACCACGAGCACAGUUGGAACCCAGCUGCGGGGGUAGCAAUGAAAGCAAUAAAGUAUGCUGCAGCGUGACGCUCCUUCUGGGGAUUAUUGUAUGUACAAAGUUUACCUUAUAGGCUCGAAGUGUAUUUAAUUGUUUUGUUUUGUUUAUAAAUGAAGAAAAGCUAUAAGUAUAAUGUAAUUAUUUUAUAGGUAUACUAUUAAAUUAUAGAACAAAUAAAGAUACUCUAGGAUUA